AUGGCAUUCGUAACUAAGAUCAAAUGGGUUGUUCUUUCUGUAAUCACGUUAUCUGUGGCGUCUAUCAUUAUUCAUCUGUCUUUGGCAAAGUUGUGGACUGCUAACAUAGUGCCGUAUAGAGCAAUUGCAAGUUUUCCUGAUGAUUUUACUUCUGGGUUGGGAAGGCAGGUUGUAAAGAAUAAGAAGCUAUGGGGUUCCAUAAAGUCUUUGGAAGCACUGCAACCUAGUUCCAAUGCUAGAAGCAAUUAUACUGAUCCAAAGGAGCGGAGCAAUGGUUUCAUCUAUGCAAAAGUUUUUGGUGGAUUUGAGAAGAUAAGAUCAUCGAUCUGUGAUCUGGUCGCUAUAUCUAGGCUUUUAAAUGCCACUCUCAUCAUUCCAGAAAUUCAAGAGAGUAUUCGCUCAAAAGGAAUAAGCUCAAAGUUCAAGAGUUUCUCCUAUCUUUAUGACGAGGAUCAGUUCAUAACAUAUCUAAAACACGAUGUAAUUAUUGCAAAAACCCUGCCUGAAAGUUUGAUGGAAAGGAGAAAAAGAAAUGAAUUUCCUACAUUUAGGCCCACGAGUUCAGCUUCUCCAAACUUUUACGUUCAAGAACUUUUACCAAAGCUAAAGAAAUCCAAGGUUAUUGGGUUAAUUAUCUCCACUGGUGGAGCACUGCAGUCCGCUCUCCCACCUACCAUGGCAGAGAUUCAGAGGCUAAGAUGCAGGGUUUCUUUCCAGGCUCUUCAAUUUCGUCCAGAAAUUCAAAUGCUCGGCCAUCGUAUGGUUAACAAGUUGAGAUCAUUGGGGCAGCCCUUCUUAGCAUAUCAUCCUGGCCUAAUGAGAGAAACCUUGGCAUACAAUGGUUGUGCAGAGCUUUUUCAGGAUGUACACACUGAACUCAUACAAUAUCGAAGGGCUCAAAUGAUAAAGGAUAAAAUUCUCAACGAGGAUUUGAAUGUGGAUUCACACUUGCAAAGAGAUAAAGGUCUAUGCCCCCUCAUGCCAGAAGAGGUUGGCAUUCUCCUACGAGUAAUGGGUUAUCCUUCCAAGACAAUUAUUUAUCUUGCUGGCUCUGAAAUAUUUGGAGGUCAACGUGUUUUAAUUCCUUUGCGGUCCAUGUUUAUCAAUACAUUGGACCGCACUUCCUUGUGCAGUGAGAAAGAAUUGUCUGACUUGUUUGGACCUGAAACACCUCUUCCUCAAAAUAUUUUUAGAUCACCUCCUGAAAAAAGUGAGCAAGAACUUAAAGAAGAAUGGAAGAGGGCUGGUCCUAGGCCUAGGCCUCUUCCUCCACCUCCAAAUAGACCAAUUUAUCAGCAUGAAAAAGAAGGCUGGUAUGGCUGGAUCAAUGAGACCCCUUUAGAACCCGAUCCUUCACCUAUGGAUCUGAGGAUGAAAGCACAUAGGUUACUUUGGGAUGCACUAGAUUACAUUGUUUCUUUGGAAGCAGAUGCCUUCUUUCCUGGAUUUAACAAUGAUGGAAGUGGAUGGCCAGAUUUUUCAAGCCUUGUCAUGGGACAUCGGCUGUACGAGACUGCUUCUUCUAGAACAUACCGACCGGACAGGAAAGUUGUUACGGAACUUUUCAAUAUGAUCCGAGAGAAUUUGUACCAUCCAAAACAUAAUUGGACAAUUUUAGUGCAAGAACACCUUAACAAAAGUAUGUCCGAAGAAGGCCUCAUAAGGCAAUCUCUCUUGUCAAAACCUGCAAUGUUCCUUUCACAUCCACUUCCAGAAUGCUCCUGUAGAGUAGCUUCUGCCAAUGUUGCUAAUCGUGUCAGAGGUGAGGAUGGUCAACUUCUAUAUAGAGGAGAAGACAUUUGCCCCAAAUGGAUGCAGCAUGCUAAAAAGCCAAGUUCAGGGAAAGAAGGGGUUAAAUCAGAAGAUGAUGGGGUUCCAGAUUAUGAAAGUAAUGAUUUUGUUGAUGAAUCUGAGUCAGACAAAAAUGAUGGCAAAACCGAUCUGGCUCAAAUCUGGGAUCAAGAUGAGGAAAUGGAUCCAAAUGAUUAA